CAAACCCCAACACACAACCCUGGGUCAAUUUGUCAUGUUAUAUGUCUUCACCUUCUGUUUUCUGAAGCAAACAUCCAAGUUUGAUUGGCUUGUGACAUCCCCAGGUCUAAUUUCUUCUAUUCAUGGAGGCAAGAAGUAAGGAUGCUUUGUACAUGAACUCUGCAGGACAUCUCUGAUACAUUACCUGUGGCAAGACAAGGGAGACAACAUGAAGGAAAAUGUGGCAUCCACAAUUGCUUGCAUUCUGCUACUUUUUCUCCACAUCAGUCUUCUGAAUGGAGAGUCGCCUCCUGGAAAGCCUGAGAUCGUUAAUUGUCUUUCCCCUGAGAAGGAAACCUUCACUUGCUGGUGGAAGCUCGGGACAGAUGGAGGACUUCCUACCAAUUACACGGUGUAUUACAAGAAGGAAAGAGAAAAUAUCACCUAUGAAUGUCCAGAUUACACAACUGGUGGCCCCAACUCCUGUUACUUUAGCAAGAAGCAUACCUCCCUGUGGAAAACAUACACUGUCUGGAUGACUGCCACUAACCGCUUGGGAAGCAGUGCCUCAAACCCAUAUACAGUGGAGGUCAUAUACAUAGUUGUACCACAUCCUCCUAUGAAUGUGACUUUGGAAGUAAAGCAUCCAAAAUACAGAAAACCAUACCUGUGGAUAGAAUGGCAACCACCCAUCAUUGUUGAUGUAAGAUCUGGUUGGCUAACACUACAGUAUGAAAUUCGAUUAAAACCCGAAAAAGCAGCUGAGUGGGAGACUCAUUUUGCUGGGCAACAGACCAAGUUUCAGAUUCUCAGCUUACAUCCAGGACUGAAAUACCUUGUCCAGGUCCGCUGCAAGCCAGAUCACGGAAACUGGAGUCAGUGGAGUCCGGAGAACUCCAUUCAGAUACCUAGUGACUUCCCCACGGAUGAUACAACCAUGUGGAUCUUUGUGGCUGUUCUUUCUGCUGUCGUCUGUUUGAUUACGAUCUGGGCAAUGGCUUUGAAGGGCUCUAGCAUGGUGACCUGCAUCUUUCCACCAGUUCCUGGGCCAAAAAUAAAAGGAUUUGAUACUCGUUUGCUGGAGAAGGGUAAAUCUGAAGAACUCUUGAGUGCCUUGGGAUGCCAUGACUUCCCCCCAACCUCUGACUGUGAGGACUUGCUGGUGGAGUUUUUAGAAGUGGAUGACAGCGAGGAACAACAGCUGAUGCCAGCCAACUCAAAAGAACACCCAAGCCCAGGCGUAAAACCCACACACCUGGAUCCUGACAGUGACUCUGGCCGGGGAAGCUAUGACAGCCAUUCUCUUCUCUCUGAAAAGUGUGAGGAAACCCAGGCCAGUCCUCACACUUUCCACACUUCCGGGGUCCUAGAGAAGCCAGAAACUCUUGAAGCAAAUAUUACUUGCCCCCAAGAUUUCCAGAGCAUACCAGGGGAAGGCAAUAUCCACUACUUUCAUGCUGAUGAAUCUAAAUCUUCAACCUGGCCUUUACCACAACCUGGCCAACACAACCCCAGAUCUCCUUACCAUAGCAUUGCUGACAUGUGCAAGCUGGCUGGAGGCCCUGUAGGGCCCAUAGCUACUUUACUGGACAAAGCAGGCCAAGAUGCUUUAAAGUACUCUAAAACCAUGGCAACUGAAGAGGAAGAAGAAAAGACAGUUGAGCAGGAGGUGGAAAGCUUCUUCCAUCCCAAGCCAAAGCAGGAUACAGUAUGGCUGCUUCCUCAGGAGGAGAGCCCCUUGAUUUCUGUUAAACCUCUCGAUUACGUGGAGAUUCAUAAGGUCAACAAAGAUGGAGAACUAACCUUGCACCCAAAACAGAGAGAGAACAGUGAGCAGACAGAGAUGUCUAGGGCUCCUGAUUCCAGUAAAGAGUAUGCCAAGGUGUCCCGGGUCAUAGAUAACAACAUCCUAGUGUUAAUACCAGAUCCUCGGGCUCAGAACGUGGCUUUGUUUGAGGAAUCCAUCAAGGAGAGUCCACCAUCGCUUCAACAGAAUCAGUCAGAGAAAGACCUGGCCAGCUUCCCUGCGACCUCCAGCAAGUGCAAAAACCAACAAGGCGGGCUGGAUUACCUGGACCCUACAUGCUUUAUGCACUCCUUUCACUGAUAGCCUGACAGAUGAGAAUGAUUGGUUGAAAUGUGAUUUUUUUUCUUUCAGGUAACACUACAACAGUGUCAUGAAGGAAUGCUGUGUGCUGUGUGGUAGUGAAUGGCUCAAGAAUGUGGGUAGAAUGACACUACGUUUGCUUCUUUUCACUCUCCAUGUUCAACCACUUGCCUUUUUCUAACAGCAGUUUCCAAAACACAUCACUUUGUCACUGAACUGUGAUUUGUCAAUUUGGUUUGGGUUUUUGUUAUUGAUGUUUUUUGGUGUGUUUUUUUUCCUCUUAGUGAUAAAGACUUAUGUGUUCAAUGAAAUAAAAGCACAUUGCUUAGUAUUCCUGAGGGGUGCCACUGGGUAUAUCCCCUUUAAAAAGCUUUCGUGGUUUGCUAGGAGGUAGGAAGAAAUGGAACUGUCAGAAAGACUUAGCACAAGAGAUGGUAGAUAUAUGGGAAAUGCCAUGAAAACCACCUUUGAAAACAAAUUGCUUACUUAACCCUUUACACUCCUUUUUCAUUUUACAACAGUGACCCAAACAAAAUAUAUUUUUUAAGGAAUCCAUUCCAGGAUACCUACCAAAAAUGUCUGCAUCAGUCUUUUACUGAUCCAUUGCUGAAAUGCAAAUAAAAUAAUGCCUCUCAUUUUGUAAGAGUUAGUUUGAAUGCAUUAAGCAUGAAUUUCUCACCCUAAAUUUUAUUUCCUUCUGAUCCCUCUGGCACACAUAGUUUUUGGAAAGUAAACUUUUCUUACACAAGAGGCAAAUGAAUCUCAUUUGGUAAAUCUUGCUUCCUUUUAGCAGGACCAGUAAUUUAUUAUACACCCGAAUGUUUCCUUCACAGAAACAAACAAAAACAAUCCCCAAGACUAACUUUAAAAGAUAAUCAUAGCAGGAUGCUAAUAGAAAUGCUGCCUUACUGUACAUACAGAUUCUACUUUAAUACAAACCUGUAAGUUUAGCAAUGUAUUUUUGAAGACUAUUUUUCUAUUGCUUAGGUAAAGUAAGACUAUUUUCUAUUUCCCAGUGCAGCCGUUUACGUAUCCAGUGGGCACAGUACUUUCUGCUGUUAAGUUAUAAUGAGUAUUCACAGUGUGUCACAGUUUGUGGAAUAAAAUACUGUAGUAACCCAAAGCCCACUGAGGAAUAUGAAAUAGGUGACAAAAUUCAGAUUGCAACACAAGAAUGUGCAUUAUCUGAUUCUUCUUCAUCUCCAGGAUAAUUUAAACAACAACAGACCUACCAAGUUAGAGUUUUAGGACUCUCCACAGACCAGAAAUGAAUUUUCCUGUGAGUUUGGGGCUUCUGCCUAUCUAUAGGUGAGUCUUUUCUUUAAACAUGCUGCGUCAGAGAUAGAGAUUUGGCUUUGUUUUGUUUUUCUGGGCAGUCUUGGAUAGCAAAAGAAUUUUAAGCAAAACCAGGGAUUAAUAUCUCUCUGGAGUAGAUGUAUUUGCAAAACUUUGGCAGAAACAGAACUCACAUCAAGAAUGUCCAAAUGGAAACCAGAUAGGACCAGUUUCAAAGGUGGAAUAUGAUUAAAACAAUCUGCAAGUCUAUGACAAGGACAGGCUCCCCGAGGAGGGUCAAAACCCCCUUGGGUCUCCAUUUUAACAGGAGCCUCCAUGACUUAUCUACUGAACAGAAUGCUCCCUCCCUCUACUUUUCAUUGCACCUACUGGCAAAUUUAUUCUUGUCUACUUACGAUCUGUACAUUCAGAACAUGAGUUCAUUCAUCUCCAUGAGUUAAAUAUUCAUCAAAUCCAUAGUGAUAGGAACUGGACCCAGAAGUUCCCUUGUGAUUGAAACACAUUGUCAGUGUUUUCAGAAAUAUAAAAAUAAUAUAUCAGAAGCUGUAUUUCCCCACUAUUUAAACAUCUUGUGAGAAAGAGAAACAUUUGGGAAAACUGCUAAGCUUACUCAGUACUCUAGAUCCUCAUUAAUCAGUGAUUGAGGAUUAACUAUUGGCAUCUCCUGGUUGCUACUGGAAACUCUAUUACCAGCACCUCAGGGCCUAUCCUAGAUCUCCAAAAUCCAUAUGUGCAUCUUACUAAUGUCCCCAGUUAAUUCAUGUGCAUGCCGAAGUUCUAGAAGUAUUAUUCUUUAUACCAUUUCCACUAAUGGGGAUUUUUGUGCUCAAAAAUAACCCUGUCUUAUGUAGAUCAAAUCUGUUUCACUUGCAAUGAAAGGAGAAAGCAAAAUCAAAAACAAUAACAACAAUAACAAAAACCAACAUAUUAGUGGUUUAAGAUUCAUAUAAUGGUGAAUCUUUUGCUCAUAUGAGACUGACCU